AUGGCGAUGGCUCGAGCGCUCGGCCGAGUCUUGCGAGGGAACCGGCGGUCAAGGUUGAACUCGGGGGCGACACCGCAGCAUAAAAAGAACACGAGUCGAGCUGCAGAUGGCGGAGUUGGCGGGCUUCUUCGAAGGUGGCGAGCAAGGCAGGGUCAAGGGCGCGGGCGUAGGCACCCUGACCCUGCAGAUGGGCACCUGGCCGCAGCAACCGACGAGGUCGGAAAGAAAACGAAGGCGGAAGCAGGCGGGGGGGCAGGGAAACACCGCGCGAGCAUCCGCGAGUCGGGAGGAGAGGUUCAGGCGAACGGCGACCCCGCCGCUGCGUCUACAGCAACUGCAGUCGCGGUUGUCGCUGUUACUGGUGACGGUGGCAGCGGUGUCAGGUCUGCGAACAGCAGCUUCGUUGUGAACGAGGGCAUUUGCGUUGGUGUCGACGGGAGUGGCCCCGCCUUGCGGCCGGGCAAGUACGACGGAGAGGACGUGUCGCCGGAGGCAUGGACCAAGGUCGGUGAGCUUCGGGCACGGGCAGAAAGAUCCGACCCGAACGCGGGAGAGGAAGAGAAGGGUUUGCAUACAUGGUUGGCCACCGGCGGUGGGGAAGGGAGAACAGGGCUCACUGACAUGGACCUUCUUCGUUUCGUCAUGUUCAGACACGGGGACGUGGAUGCUGCUUGGCGGCAGCUGAAGCGGGCGGCGGCUUGGCGGCAGGAGCGCCGCGUGGAGGCCGUACUCUCCGAGCAGCAGUGGUCUCGGCACAAGGAGCUUCAGGCAGAGAUAUUCUGGGUCGGAAGGGAUAAGGAUGGAAGGCCUACCAUGGUGCUUCGAAGCAUUGCUCACAACCCCGGAGCCAUCGACUCGGAGGAAUUUCAGCGGUACUUUCUGUUUUUGCUGGAGCAGGGGAGACAGCUGUGGGGGCUAGGGGCCGUCCAGCAGCUGAACAUCAUCGUUGACCGGGUCGGAGCCGGUAUCAAGAAUCAGGACCCGCUCUUGCUGCAGUCCAUGCUGCCGGUGUUUCGAGACGCGUAUCCCGACAUCGUCUUCCGGUGCUACGUGGCGCCGACCAGCUGGAUUUUUCGUUUCGUGUGGAUCAUUGCCGCGCGGCUGGUCGACAACCGGCAGCGAAAGCGGGUGCUCUUGCUGAGCUCGAACUGGCAAGACCGUCUGCUGGAAGACUUCGAUGCGUCAGUCCUUCCCCCACACCUUGGAGGCACGAUGGUGGACUACCCUCCGCCACAGCCGCCGAAGAUGUGAAAGGAAACCCCGCCUUUCGGUCGACGAGUCAUUUUACGCUUGGCAGGGUGGUGGCACCCACGGGGUCUUACUCUGCCUUGUUGGUGUCAAUCCGCCACGAUGCCUAAUCGAGAGGGGGAGCGGAGCGGUGUGGCAUGGAGCCUGGCGUCGAUGCCGGUGGCUGUGCGGCGAGAUGUCCGCGCCGACACCUUGCGCGUUGGUGCUACGGGUCUGAGGGACGCCGAUGUAGCGCCACACUUACGCAUCCCGCAGAAGAGGCGCCACCAUAUGCUAGAGUACUACUAUAGUGGAAUUACAGGGCAUGACGCCAACCACCGAGCGUGACACGGUCGGGCGGGCGGUUGGCGUCAGGACUUCGAUUCUCCGUAUGUUUACCAUGCCCGACCAAACCUCUUGUACAUACUUUGUCGUUUGUGCACCGACAACGAAGCGCCGUGAGGGUGUGGCUCAACCUUUUUUACCGCGUCACGGGCUCCGGGUCGACAGGAAAUGUUACUUUCGUCGAUCCACUUUUUAUCGAGGCGGGGAAAAAAAAGGCUCGAGAAGCAUGCCGUUUUCCUUUAGUGAGAAAGAAGGAAAAUGUCACGCGGCCAAAAAAUCCGAGGAACCACUGCCGUCGAAUGCUGACGCGUGGCUAGAACAUAGCGUUGUCGUUGUAGAAAAUGGAAUGUUCAGCGGAGAAAUCGGUUGCUUGCGAGUAUUCUUGGUGGCGGUUGUCUCGCGUUGUGAACACUCACGGGUGGGAGCGGCUC